AUGACCGUUGAGACUGCCACCGCGCCCAAGCCGCGCAUGCGUCAAGAGUUGCAGCUUCUCAUCUGCGCCGCCGGCAUCUACCUCUGCUACCUGCGCUACGGCCUCCUCCAGGAGCGCAUCUACUCGCACCAGCACGGCCCCGCCAACGAGCACUUCCACUUCACCUCCUUCCUCCUCCUCAUCCAAACCUUCGUCAACGCGCUCGCCGCCGCUCUGGUCAUCCAGCUUGGCUUUUUCCAACCGCCCGCCGCCUCCGCGACCGCCACCAAGCACAGUUUUCGCCGCGCGCUCCCCGAGUAUGCCAUAGUCUCGCUCACAUACCUCUGCGCGAUGCUCUUCUCCUUCACGGCGCUCAAGUACAUGUCGUAUCCGAUGCAGGCCCUGGGCAAGUCGUGCAAGAUGAUACCCGUCAUGCUGAUGGGCGUGCUGAUCCGGAAGCGGCGCUACCAGCUGCGCGAGUAUCUCUGCGUGGCCCUGGUCACGCUCGGCGUCGCCCUGUUUUCGUGGAAGUCCAACAAGACUACCGUCCCCAACUCCCCCAUCGGCUUCGCGCUCCUCUUCGCCUCGCUCUUCAUGGACGGCGUCACGGGCCCGCUGCAAGAGCGCCUCGUCGCGCGCCACGCUCCGUCCACGCACCAGCUCAUGUUCUGGCAGAACAUGUGCUCCGCCGCAUGGCUGGCCGCCGGCUCGUUUGCCAGCGGCGAGGCUCAGGCGGCAAUCGACUUUGUCGUCAGGCAUCCCACCGUUGUGCCAGACCUCGUGCUGUUCGCCCUCGUGUCCGCCGUGGGACAGAACUUCAUUUUUUAUACCGUGCGCAACUUCAACGCGUUGGUCGUCACUACCAUCACCACUACGAGGAAGAUGUUUACGGUGCUGCUGUCCAUUUUUGUGUAUCAGCAUGCGAUGGUCGCGAGGCAGUGGCUGGGAUUGGCGCUCGUUUUUGUGGCCAUUGCUUGGGAGGCCACCGCCAAGCAAAAGGCGAAGAGCGCUGUUAAGGCGGCGAGUGUGGAGGCGAAAAAGGCCCAAUAA